AUCAAUGCCGUGGGCGUGUCGUUCGUGGGGCGGCUGGGCAGCCUGCAGCUGUCUGCGGCGGUGCUUGCAGCCUCGGUAUUCAACGUGACCGGCCAGUGCGUGAUCAUGGGCAUGUGCGGCACGAUUGACACGCUGGCAGGGCAGGCGUUUGGGGCGCGCAACUUCCGGGCGGUGGGCGUGGUUCUGCAGCGCUCGCUGCUGGUCAACCUGCUGUUUGGAUGCCUCAUCGCACUGGCGUGGCUGCGCUCGGAGCGCCUGUUCCUGGCGCUGGGCCAGGAGGCGGAGCUGUCGGCGGCAGCGGCGCGGUACAUGGCGCUGGUGGCCCCCUCGCUGCCCUGCAUCGGCGUCUUCGAGGCCUGCAAACGCAUACUCAUCGUACAGGGCAUCGUGCGGCCCGCUGUGGUGGUGACCCUCAUCUCGGCGGCCCUCACCCCGCUGUACAACUGGUUGCUGAUCAUCACGCUGGGGCUGGGCCUCGACGGCGCAGCGCUGGCGGUGGUGGCGCUGCAGCUGACGUCGGCGGCGCUGCUGGGAGGCUACGUGGUGGUGCGCAACAUGCGGCUGGGGGCGACAUGGGACGGCUGGAGCCGGCAGGCGCUGCAGGGGUGGGGGCAGUACCUGACCCUGGCGCUGCCGAGCGUCAUCAUGAUUGGCUGCAAGUGGUGGAGCUUUGAAAGCCUUCUGCUCAUGGCUGGCUGGACGGCGACGGCCAAGCGGGAUGUCGCCGUCAUGGGCCUCUGCUCGGUGACCAACAGCAUCAUCUUCUCCCUGGUCUUUGGCCUCUCCAUCGCUGCCUCUGUGCGGGUCAGCAACGCGCUGGGGGCGCGCUGCCCCGACACCGCCCGGCGAGCCAUCCUCGCCGGCUUCGCCAUGACCCUGGCGCUGCUGGCGGCCUUUGUCGUGCUGCUCAUGACCCUGCAGGACCGCUGGGUGCGGCUGCUGACCAAUGUGGAGCCUGUGGUGGCGGCCACGGUGCAGCUGCUGCCCAUCUUCUGCGUGUCACUGCUGGGGGACAACGCCAAUGUGGCGCUGCAGGCGCUGCUGCGCGGCGCCGGCAAGCAAAAGAUUGGAGCCAUCACCAACGUCCUCUCCUAUUGGGUGCUGGCCAUCCCGCUUGCCUACUAUCUGGCCUUCCCCCGUGGCAUGGGGCUUCAGGCAAGCAUACCGGCCCAUGCCUCGCCACCUCCGCCCCGCAUUCUGAUGUGCCAGGACUGUGGCGUUUUGCUGCACCCUCUUUACUGUUGCAGGGCCUGUGGUGGGGCACGGCCGCCGCAAACAGUGCAAUGGGAGCGUUCAUGCUGGUGGUGGUGCUGCGGUUCGACUACGACGGCGAGGCGGCUGCGGCGGUGCUGCGCUGUGCCUCGCGCUCGCUGCGCCAGCCGCUCAUGCACCAUGUCAGUGCGGCGCACACCAGCCAUGGCUGCCUGA